AGAAACAUUCGUUGGACUGCGCUUGCCUGGUGCACUUACUAUAUCCUUGUUACGUUGUGUGAUUCAGUGACUGUUGUACGUACUGGUUAAAGUUGGACAAGUGUUAAAGUGAAUUGUUAAGAUAACAUAUUGUUGAUUAAAUCAGGAAUCAAAAAGUGAAAUCGUUUUACUUGGUGUUCAACAAGAUAAUGUCUACCCUCAAGCCUACAUCAGAAGUGAGAUCAGGACUCUACUCUCACUGGCGUGACGUGUUUGAACAUGUUCGAAGUACAGCAAAAAAAAACAUGAUGCAGAUCAGAAUACUAGUAGUGGUACGCCACAAGAGCGUGAAUGCAGCAUACGUAAGUCGUGUAAUAACGUCUCUGUUACCUCGAUGGAAGAUCUGAGCCACGAAGAAAUCGUCACAUCUUACGUUCUGGCUCAUGUUGCCCAGUUUGACUGUCGACUUCAUCACAUGGCAUUUACUAACGGAAAUACAACACGUAACAAGCUAUUGCAAGAAAUUAAGGCAAGUGCAAAUCUCAAGUGAAACUUCGAUCGCAAUAAUGGAUCUGUCAUGACGAGUGGGUAGUUCCGACACGAAUCGUUUUUAAGCCAAUGACUACUGCUAGAGUUACAUGGCACUAGUACAGUAAACCAGGACAUGAGACUGUGAAUUGUCGCUGAAAUUUUAGAAUCUACUCGAUUCAAUACCAAUAACACUACACGUUCGAUGACUUCGGGCUCCAGCAAGCAAACAAGAAAGCAAGCAAGUUUCCGUGGGGAAGAAAAAUUGACACAUCUGAAGUCGUCGUGACCUGUAAGAUAAGACGUCCGGUGCGUUCGUGUCUGGCGAUGCGGCGGUGUUCGGGUUCCGCUGGCGGAUGCAGGUUUUUCCGGUGAAGUGCGUGCUUGACAUGUGUUCGCGGUUGGCUUCCUCAGUGUGGGAGUAACAUCGUGUAAGACAGGUGGAACCCGUUUGCGUGGUGGCUGGUAAGAUUUGUUGCGGUAAGAAGUUUGCAUGGUGGUAAAAUGUCUUGUGAGUCUGCACAGGUAGCCGGAGGUGAGACUUCCGCGGUCGCGGCCCACACAGUCCGCGAGAACCGGGCAGAUCGCCUCGACGGUACGGAGGCCGGCCGACGGGUCCGCCAAACGACGAGACCACGCCUCCAGCACGGACUGCCGAUAUUGGAGCCCCCGCGCUCCGGCUGCACUUGCGCUAGGGCGCGCCGCCUCGUAGGAGACUGUGAGCCUGCAAAACCUGAACAACCUCCUCAUCCGUGGGCGCCCGGCUCUCGCCUGCAAGUCGGCUGUUACGUGUGCGGUGAUGCGAGCCAUGUAGCUUCUGGGUGUUCCAUGCGCUACAAGAAGAAAAACGACACUGCUCCAGGUGCUGUGGCAGGUCCAACCAGAGACGUCAACGUGUGUUCCAGAGCUUCAGUGUGUUACAGAUAAGUGGUUUUGGCUUCCCCUUUAUGUUCCAUUCAGGGUCAGAAUGUAGUCUUAUAAAACAAAGUCAUAGUAAUUUAUUCAAUGGUAAGCGGUUUCAUGAACAAGUCACUCUUUGAUCUGAAAGUAACUUAGACCAAUCAUGAUGGCAAGAGCACUUAGGGGAUAUUCAACUCGCCCUUAAUAGUGCACGUUGUCGAGUAACAGGGUUUACUCCAAUAGAAUAGACGUUUGCCGUUCAGGGUAGUUCACUUGAAAUAUCUAAAGUUUCAACAGAGUGAUAAUCCCUCUAGAUUAGAUCUUGAUUUAGCACAGUCGAAGACCGGCGAAAACAUAAAAAAAGGGCACAAACAGAAGCUUGGUUUAGUCGAGGCAAAGCUAAAGUCAAACUCUUUUCCGCUGGGGAUUUUGUUUUCGUAAGUUGACCGAAAAUGUAAAGGUCCCUUCAACAUUACUGCAGUUUUGGAAAACGAUAGGUAUAAAUUGAGACAUGUAAAUAGUUCUAAUAGAGUGUACAAAUUUCCCCAUGAAAACUUACGUGAAAUACCUCGAGGCCCGUCAGGCCUACUAGAAAUUUCUGAAAAUUAUAGUGACGAUGACGUGACGGCGUACACAGAUGGGUUAAUUAAUCUUGUUCAUGAAACUGAUCUUAAUGAUGACGACUCUAUCACUGACAAUAGAAGCGACAUUUUUGUCCGCAAAUAGCGAUACAGCAAACAUAGUCUGUGGGUAGUGAUACAAUGUCUGUAAGCUCAGGCACCUCAGGUGCAGGUGUUGGAAAUGUAGAAAACGAUGGUCGGUCUCGCACUAUUUCUGAAGAAAUUCCGUAUAAAUGUUCUGGU